AUGUCAUCAUCAUCAUUACCAAACGAAGCAAUUGCAGCUCUCGAUCCUUUACUUCAACCCUUCGAAGAUCUUCACAAUAAUCCAAAAUAUUUCGAACGACGAUCAUCCAUUUUCUACCAUUCGACGAGUAUUAACAAUGAUACAGCAAAACAAGCAACUCUUCUAGCAAAAUUUCUCAGUUACUUCGAGAGAUUUUCCGACGUCGUCUUAUUAGAUGUUUUUCUCGUCCGAUUCUUCAUUCAAGGAUUAAUUUCAUUUGGGUAUAUUCUAUACAAGGGUUAUCAUCCUUUCUCAUCGAAUUAUCAUAGCUUUUUAAUAUUAAUUCGAUCAAUCAUUGCUGCAACGGGUAGUAUCUGUUUCUAUCUUGGCCUCAAUCUUCUUCCUCUACCUGAUCUAAUCACGAUACGAUACACUCAAGUCGUUUGGACAGCUAUUUUGUCUUCAAUCAUCUUUCGCGAACGUGUUACUCUGCCAACGGUAAUCGCAAGUAUCUCAACACUUGCAGGGGUGGUUUGCGUUGCACAACCAUCCUUUCUUUUCCUAAAAUCCAAUGUAACUAACGAAACACUAUUAAUAAUGAUGCAGGAGAAUGCAAAACCACGUUUCACAGGUAUGUUUGUGGCAUUACUCUGUGCGAUAUCGAUAUCUCUGGGGAUUAUAUUGGCAAAGAAAUUAUUUGAAUUUAAAAUUCGUCAAAGUAUAAUCAUGUUUCAUUUUAUCCUAACAACAUUUUGUCUCCUGUUAUUUAUUCAAACAUAUUAUUGGACAUUGUCAAAAACUAAUCAACGAAAAUUUCAUAUCCGAACAAAUUAUUUAACUAACGAUUUUCUUGUUGCGACUUUUCUGGCGACAUUGCAACUGAUUCCUAUGGUUCUAACACAAAAAGCAAUCAAACGUGAACAUCCAUCGAUUGUUACAGUCAUUCAAGCGUCGGAUAUUCUCUUCGCUUUGGUUCUGAAAAACGUUUUCUCAAAAAACAAAUCCAAUGGCUUAACUUUAAUUGGUUCAACGUUAGUCUUUCUAAGUAUUUUUAUCAUCGGUGGACAUAAAUUUUGGUUAGACCGACAAAAGCGUAUUCGUCUACGGGAAAAUAAUGAAUUUAAGUAA